UAGGCAAAGAUUAUUAUAUACGUUGAUUCCAUUUGACUUAUUUAUUAUAGGACUAAGGGUUCUCUAUUUAGUAGCAAGCGAUAGUGAGCCAUUUCUUUCUUCGUUGUCUAUUUCGCUUCUUAACUGAAUCCUUUGUGACAAGCAUCAUGUCUCUAUAUUUAAAUAGCUUUUAUCUAUGGCAACUGAUAGUAAUUUGUGGCGUUCCAUUUUCAAUUUGGUUGGCAGCAAUAAUUAUUGAUAUAUUUAAAGAGAGACGUACAAUUAAGUUGAAAGCUAAGGAUAAUAAUAUACUAAAUAAAGAAACCGAAAGACAGAUAUCAUUAAAAAGAAGACAUCUUCCAUUAUUUAAAAAAAAUAAUAGCUGGGUGAUAAAUCAUAUUCAGGAAGAAACUAAAACAAAGAUAACGUUUGUAAUAGAUACUCUACGACGUCCUGAUCGUCAACUCCUAAUUAGAGGACCUUUACAAGGCGUAAUUGAAGCUGAUAAAAUGAUAAGAAAGGCUGUAAAAGAUAAGUGUGAUGUUGAUGUGUACGACAUGGGCAUCAGAAUAGAAAGCGUAGAUAAAUUCAUUGGAAGAGAGAAAGACAUUAUAAGAGACAUACAAGGAAAUUCAGGCGCAAAUCUUAUGAUAAGAAGUGAAGUUGAUCCUUUGUCAGGUCCUAUGGCAAGAAUAUUAAUUACAGGUACUUGUAAACAAAUUUCUAAAGCAAUACCAUUAGUUGAAGCGAAACUUAAGAAUUACACGGAAACAAAAGUUACCAGUUUGUUUGCAAAGCGCGAACCAAUACUUCCAAUACCAGAUUUAAAAUUAUUGGAUUUGCUAGUGAUCGGACAAGAAAUGCAUAUACACGUAGAGGUACGAACAAUUAAGAAUCCUUCACAUUUUUAUAUCCAAGUUGAUUCAUUGCAAGAAAUUGAAUCUGAACAGUUACAAACUGAAAUGAAUGAGUUUUAUAAUAAUUCGAUUAAUCUCAAAACAUUAGUAAUGUACAAUCUUAAAAAGGGACAUAUAGUUGCCGUAAAAAAAGAAGAUGGAAAUUGGUAUAGAGCUGAGAUAUUGGAAGUACAUGAUGACCACUGUCUUCUUAUGUUUAUCGAUAUUGGAGUUCAAGAUACUGCUAAAAAAUUUGAUAUGUAUGAGAUGCCUCAAUAUUUCGUAAGAUUCGUUGUACAAGCAUACGAAUGUAUGUUAAGCAACGUAGGAGAACCCGAGGGUGGAUGGACAGAUGAAGGCAUUGCAAGAUUUAAGGAAUUGUGUGAUGUUAAAUCUACUGAGAAACUGUGUAUGCACGUUAAAAAUACUAAAAUAGUAAUACGAGCUAAAGCAAGUACUCGAAAACACGUUUAUGUGAUCGAUCUUUUUAAGGAGGACUUGAACAUCGGUGUUACAUUACGUAAAGAAAAGCAUGCAAUUCUAUUUAACACUAUGACGAGUUAUUAUAAGAGUGUUCCAACAGAAGAUGAGGUAAAGCUUAAGGAAUUGCUAAGCAGUUUUAAGACGUAUAAAGAAAUGGAUGAAGACAUAGACGAAGAAUUAGAAACAGAACAAGAAUUUAUUGAUCUGGAUUUGGAUGAAGAGUUUGAUAGUGGUGAUCAUGAUAAUAUUAAUAAUUUGGUACAUUUAUUGAAAACUACUCCUAACAUUUCUGAAGAUAAAGUUCUUAAUAACGUGCCCAUACUUAGAAAACGAGCUAAAAUAUUUAUGAAUGAUGAUAAUUCGAAUGCAUCGUUUUCUGAAUAAUCAAAAAUUAAGCUAAAUUAAGAUAUAUAAGUUGCAUGUAUCAAAUGAAAAACUAAUAAGUAGAAUGAUAACAGUACAAAUGGAAGUUCUAAUCAAGAAAAUGAUCAUAAAAAUAAACAUUGUCCAAACUGAAGUUUUUAUAAAGAAAGAAAAAAGAAAAAAGAAAAACCAUCAUCAAUACAUAAAUGUCGACAUUGAACGUAUGAUAACGCUUAAUUGCUUGCAUUGUUAAAAAAAAAAAAGAAAGGUCAAUUAAAUCAAUUGCUUCCACCUUUGGAAGGGAACUAUAAAUCUUAGCAUUGGUCUCCCUACGUUUAGUUCAAAUUCGUAAAUUUUUCUUCAUCAUCUACAAUUCACACACAAUCAGAUAAAUAAUAUAAAUUAUUUAUUUUGUUUUUUUUAAACUUUUCAAUUACCUGCGAUUUUUUUUUUAUUUUGAUUUUAUUUUUUAACAAUAAUUAAUCCAUAUCGAUAUUUUUCUUUUUGUGAGAUAUAAUCCAGCAACAAAACACAAUGCCCUUGCAAAGCAAGAAUCAAAUAAAUCAGUUAAUAUAAUGCG